AUGCGGCCGCCACUUUGCCUGUUGCUGCUGGUCGCCCACGUCGUGGACACGCUGCCCUUGAACCGAAGGAAGAAGCAAGCAAGCACUGGUCUGGGGGGCAACUGCACAGGCUGUGUCAUCUGCUCGGAAGAGAACGGCUGCUCCACGUGUCAGCAGAAGCUGUUUCUGUUCAUCCGCCGGGAAGGCAUCCGCCAGUACGGCAAGUGUGUGCAUGACUGUCCCCUGGGCUACUUCGGCAUCCGCGGCCAGGAGGUCAACAGGUGCAAAAAAUGUGGCACCACCUGUGAGAGCUGCUUCAGCCAGGACUUCUGCAUCCAGUGCAAGAGGAGGUUUUACCUAUACAAGGGGAAGUGCCUGCCCACCUGCCCGCCUGGCACCGCAGCCCAACAGAGCACACGGGAGUGCCAGGAGGAGUGUGAGCUGGGCCCCUGGGGUGGCUGGAGCCGGUGCAUGCACGGCAGGAAGACGUGUGGCUUGUCAUGGGGCCUGGAGACCCGAGUGCGAGAGGCUGGCCGGACGGGGCCGGAGGAGGCGGCCAGCUGCCAGGUGCUGUCCGAGUCCAGGAAAUGCCCCAUCCAGAGGCCCUGCCCAGGAGAGCGAGGCUCCAGCCAGAAGAAGGGCCGCAGGGAGCGGCGCCCGCGCAAGGACCGGAAGCUUGACCGCAAGCUGGAUGUGCGGCCCCACCGGCCCCAGGCCUGAGUGCGCGGAUGUGACCAAGAUGUGACUGAGACAUGACCGAGAUGUGACUGAAACAUGACUGAGGCUUCAUUGAGACAUGACCAAGGUGUGACUGAAACAUGACAGAAAACACCAUCUCCAGCCCCUCCUUCACUCCUCGUCCCUUGCUUCUCUCCCUUCUUCUUUCUUUCCAUGUCACUA